UUCUCUUAUUCUAAAAUCAACUAUGGCUACAAUCAAUAUCUACUGCUGCGUCGUUUUCAUUCUUUUCAGGUAAAUAAUUAUUCAUUCUUAUCAUUUAUUUUAUUAACAUCCAUUAAUUUCAUAUUUUAGCAUAACAGGUUUGAUUUCUAUUCUAUUUUAUGUUUAUAUGUAUUAGUUUAUCACAUUCAUAGUUCAAAUCAAAUCUCAAAUAUGUGAGAAAACACCACAGUAUGGUGAAUGUUCCACAAACAGUGCAUGUGGAUGCUUUCAUAUGAUGGGUGCUGAUGACGACACAGGCGUCUGUGGCUUUCUGUGGCCAACAUGUUCUCGUCUUUUGCGGUGCAAUCCAUCAGACAAUUCAUGUCUUCAACCAAACACGAUUUGUGUUCACCAUCCACAAUGCGAUGAUUUUCCACUUUGCUAUCCAGUUACGAUGAUUGGUCUAAACAUGUGUCCACCAAUGAAAAAUAAGAUCAAUCUUAAAUGGAAUCAAAAUGCCAUCACUGUGGCUGGUAGAACUCGAGGAGGUCAACAAUUAAAUCAACUUGGUUUCCCUCUUGGCAUCUUUAUUGAUGAAAAGAAAAAUAUUUUCAUUUCCGAUUAUGCGAAUCAUCGUAUUGUUGAAUGGAAAUACAAUGCAAAAGAAGGACAAAUCGUUGCAGGUGGGAAUGGGCAAGGGAAUCGAAUGGAUCAAUUGAACUUUCCAAAAAUUGUACUUGUUGAUCAACAAAAUUAUUCGAUCAUCAUUACUGAUCUUGGAAACAGACGAUUGAUUCAAUGGUUGAAUCAAAAGCAACAAAUUCUCAUUGACAAUAUUUACUGUCGUGGCUUGGCAAUGGAUAAAUAUGGAUUCCUUUAUGUUUCAGAUUAUGAGAAGAAUGAAGUGAUACGAUGGAAAAUGAGUGAAUACAACAACGAAGGAAUUGUAGUGGCAGGUGGAAAUGGCAAAGGAAACCAACUCAAUCAACUCAAUUCUCCUACUUUUAUCUUUGUUGAUGAAGAUCAAUCUGUUUAUGUAUCAGAUUUGUACAAUUAUCGUGUGAUAAAAUGGAGAAAAGAUGCAAAAGAAGGAACAAUUGUAGCAGGAGGAAAUGGUCAAGGAGAGAAUCUCAAUCAAUUGUUUUAUGCUGAAGGAGUCGUCGUUGAUGAUUUGGGUCAGAUCUAUGUGGCAGAGAGUGGGAAUCAUCGAGUAACGCGUUGGUGUGAAGGAAAAGGCGAAGGUGAAAUUGUUGUUGGUGGAAAUGGGAUAGGAGAUAAAUCAAAUCACUUAUAUCGUCCCGCUGGUUUAUCAUUUGACGUUGAAGGAAAUCUUUAUGUCGUUGAUUCUGAUAAUCAUCGAAUUCAAAAAUUUGAAAUAAUUUUGUGA